AUGACUCGAGUGUAUUUAGAAAAUCUAAGCGAUAAUGAACUAAAUACAUCUCAGAAUGAAUAUAUGAAGAGAAUUAAGUCAGAAAUAAAAGAAAGAUCGAGAAAAAUCGAUGAAUACGAAAAAGAAAUUGAAAGAUUGAAGGAAGAAUCAAAUAAUAGGUCUUUAAAUAUAACAGAUAUGGAGAGUGUAAUACGACAUAAUUCAACUACAUUCGUUGACAAUGCUGCUUCUUAUUUAGAUCAAUCAAUAAAUACGCAAAAUAACCUAGAGUUUCAAGAAGUUAACCAUAAAAUGAAUAACAUUACAAAAGAUAGAGAAUUAGAAACUAUGCAGUUUAAACCAAAGCUUCUCGAGGAUAAAUUAGAAAAAUUAAAUAAUUUUGUCAACGUUACAUCUCAAAACAUACAAGAUAUCCAUGAAAAACGCGACGAAAUUAUCAAAAUACUUAAUGAAUCCCAAAUUAAUAACCAAUCAAUUCAUGAUUCAAUUGAUGAAAUUGAUCAAAAUCAGAUGAAUCAACAAGAGUCAGCAAAAAAUCACUUAAUACUAUAUAACAAAAUGAUAGGAGAUCUUAAAACCAAAAUAGAAUCAGAAAAUACCAUUUUUCAAGAUAUAAAAUCACAAUAUACAGUAGAAUUAGGGAAAUACACGCCAAUACAAGUCGAUACAUUUGAAAAAGAUGUAUUGUUAAAGCGAGUCAGCGAGUUACAAUCAAAAAUUCAAAAACUUGAGGAAGAAUCCAAUCAAAUCGCCAAUAAAAAGGCAGUUUUACUUAAAAUAUCUAAGGAAAAAGAACAAGAACUUACGGAGCAGAAAAAUGCUACUAACAAGCAUAAGAAAAACGUUGAUUCUCUAAAUGUUCAAAUUUUUCCUCCUUAUGUUGUUAAAUUAUGCAAAAGGAUUGGCAAAACAAAGAAUUUAGUUGCACAGACAAAGAAUGACAUUGAAGUUGGGAAAUUCGCUCAAAAAGACAUUGCAAUUGAAUUAUCUCGACUGAAAAAAUACUUGAAGAGUGUUGAAAGGAAAAUAGGAAGAGAGGCAGAGAAUUUCUUGAAUAUUGCAAUGGAAAUUAACAAAUCAGACUCAUCUUUGAUCAUUCAAAAUGCAAAUGAAGAAAAUUCCAAGCAAAACCAUCAAAAAGAUGCAAAAGAGUUUGAUAGAAUUGCAAAAAGAAAGAUGUACUUAGAAUCAGAAUGGGAAGAUCUUUUUAAUCAUAAAUAUGCAGAAUAUAAACUUAAAAAUCCAAAAACAUUUCCUAAUAAUGACAUAAUGAAAUAUGUAAGUCAAAUGAUAGAAGAAGAAAGAUGUCAAACAAGUAGAAUCAAUAUAAAAAUUCGAGAUCUUGAAUAUUAUAUCUCGAUUUUGAAGAAAAAUAUAAAUGAUUUGCAUAAAAAUAUUAUAGAACUACGCGUUGAAAGUGAUAUGCUGGCCCAUUCUCCAAAAAUGGCUCAUCAAAUGUCAAUUAAAGAAUUAGAAUCAAAAAUUGACCAUUUAAAGCAUUCAAUUGAACAGAAAAGGGCCAAAAUAUCAGAAAGAGACGAUAAACUUACCAGAGUUGAAAAGGCUAACAACAUUUAUUCACAUCACACUCCUUUCAUUUUUAUUGACAUUGAACGUGUCUGCGAUCGCAAGAAUUUGCGCUACAUGCGAAUAACAGAUUGCAUUUUACAUGAACAAAAGGCAGAAAGCUACGUCAAAACUCUUGAAAAUUUCCUUAAGUAUUUAAGUUUCAAUUCUGCUUCAAGAGAUCUUGAAAAUUACUCAAAUCAGCUCACCCAAUGGUUGUCUAAUUUACAGAACUCCUUAUAA